GCGUCAGUUGCGUGCAGUUUUGUUUUUCUCCAGACGUCAGGUCCAAGCCCGCCGAUAUAAGGUAUCAACAAGUAAUCGAAGGAUAUGGAACCAAUUAUGAACAUACUGUGUUCUGCGUGUAAUAUACAUAUAUAUAUACGACGAAAGACCGAUAAGGAAUUUGUAAAGAAGAUUGAUGGAAUAACUAAAGAUACUCAUCAAUAUACAUCGAUAGACAACAAGGGACCGCAUAACAAUAAUAGUUUCGUGUCGCCGUACCCGUGACAGAGAACAAUAAAAUAACUGUCUACGUGAAAAAGAAAGGGAGAUGAAGAAAAGGGAGCGGGGGAGGCAGAGAGAGAGAGAGAAAGAAAGGAAAGGAGCACAAGAGUGAUUCUCUCGAGAAACCGAAACGAAAGAAUAUAUGGUAAAGAAGAUACAGUGAGGAUGAAACUCGUCACCGGGGGGGAAUAUCUGGUGACUCCCACCUUAUAUAAAAGCCUUUUUCUGCUAUAUGAUGUAUUUAGUCUUUUAGUUUCGAACGGCACUGCGUGUGUGAUUAUCCUCGAGAAUCAUUCUCAUCUUCAGGCUGUGGUUUGAUCUCGGAUAAUGCCCUACUGAAAAAGGACUCUAUCAUCAAAAUGCUACGGGGUGCUACUGGGGUUCUUUUUAUUCUGGUGAUUGCUGAAUCGGUAUCGCAAAUCACUCAGGAAUCGAAAACCAUUAAACGGAACGAAGACGUGAUUUUGACUAUCAGCGACGAUCAGAAGAGACAGUACUUGCGUCAAAACAUCACGUCAGAUGUAUAUAAAUACGGUUAUGACGUUGAUUCGAAUGGACAAUUUCAUCAUGAAAUACGUGGUCCGGAUGGUAUCACGUACGGCUGUUACGGCUACGUCGAUUCUUUUCACCGAUUGCGAACAACAUUUUAUCUUAGCGACGGCUGGGGUUACAGGGUGGUUAAUGCGGGGAAAGACGUGGAACUGUUUCUUAACGAGCACAAACAUCACGUAGAGGGUGACAAGCACGAUCAUCAUGGUGUUGUUACACCGUGGGAGAAAUUACAUUUCCCCGCGAUGUGCGCAGAAUACACACACGAUACCGUUUCGGCUUCCAAAAUAUCAAGUGCAGGAACGCCUAUUGAAAAAGGAUCAUUUAUCGAUGCAUCGUCAAAUCGACCGCCCAACAAACCUGCUUUAGAUGCUGCAAAAACAGGGAAACCAGGUCUGCAUGAUAUACUAGAAACAUCACGUACGCCAACGGGUUAUCCUCGUAAUCUUCCCGGCAUAUCAAGAUUGUUAUCACGUCCAGAACAACCAAGAACGUUUUCUGUAUCAGAAACGCCUAAUUCUCCAGGAACAUCAGUUUAUGCUAAACAGUUUGACAGUCUAGGAACACUUGACACUUCAAGAUUAUUACAAGGAAAACUCGGCCCAUCCGAUAUAUCAGAAACAUUCGGCGCUCCAGAAACAUCAGGAAGUCUGGCGUAUCAUGGAGAAUCGAGCAGUUCAAAAAUAUCUGAUACUCCAGAUGUAUCUGAAUUAUCGCCAUAUCCAGGACAGCAUGGCAUAUCAGGAACACUAGGCUUUCUAGGAACAUCAAGAAGACCAGUUAUGCCUGCUCAAUCUGGACAACCUGGCAUUCCAGAAACAUUUAGUAUUCCUGUUACAUCAGCUAAGUCCAAAUUAUUGUCACAUUUACAAUAUUCUGGCACGACAGGAAUAUCCGAUACUCCAGAAAUAGUAGGAAUAUCAAGAAGUCAAGCAUAUCACAAACAGUCAGGCAGUUUAGAAAAGUCGAAAAAACUCGGCACUCCAGAAACAUUUGAUAUUCCUGGUAUUUUAGUUACAUCUGGAUUAUCUGAUACAUCGAAAAUAUCCGAUAUCUCAGGAACCGCAAGAAUAUCAGGAAGUCUGGUAUAUCCUAAACGACCAAAUAGUUUAAAUAUAACAGAUACAUCUGGAUUAUCGUCACAUUCAGGACAGUCCGGCGCAUCUCGUACACUGGCUGGUCAAGUACCAUCAAGGAGACUACCUACUUAUUCUAGACAGCCCGGUACUGCAAAAGCAUUGAAUAUCUCAAUUAAUUCAGCUACAUCUAGAUUACCGUCAUAUCUAGAAUACUUUAACACGUCUGGUACACCGAAAUCAUCUGAUAUUCCGGAAGCAAGUUUAACUCCUUUUAGACAACCAGACAUUUCGAGAAUAUCUAGUGAUUCAAGCACAUCCGGAUUAUUGCCCCGUCAAAGGCAGCCUGGUAAAACAAGUCAUUCAAAAACAUCCAGUAUUCCUAAAACGUCAGACGUUUUGAAUUACUCAGCACAAACAUUCAUUACAAGAGCACCAGAUAUUCCUGGUAUUCCAAGUACAUCUGACGAGUUGUUAUUACAUUCAGGUCAGUUUGGAACACUUAAUACGGUAGGAAGUUCAGUGUAUUUUAAACAGCCAGGUGAUCCAGGAAUUCUUGAUAUCUUAAGUACACCUGGACUAUCAUCUCAUCAAAAUCAGUCAGGUACACUAGGCACUUCAAGAAGACCAGAAAGUCCAGUUGAACAAUCAGGCGUUUCAGAAAUUUCUGAUACUUUUGGUCGAACUGGACUAUCAUUUCUUCAAGAACAGUCCGGUACACUAAGCGCUUCAAAAAAACCAGGAGGUCUAGUGUAUUUUAAACAGUCAAGUGUUUCAGAAAUUUCUGAUACUUCAAAUAGAUCUGGACUAUCAUCUUAUCAAGAACAGUCCAGAACAUCAGGAACUCCAAAACUAUCAGGAAGUUCGGUGUAUUUUAAACAACCAAGUGUUUCAGGAAUUCCUGAUACUUCAGGCACACUUGGAUCAUUUCAUUUAGAACAAUCCAGCCUAUCUGAUACAUCGGGAAUACCAGAUUCUCGAAAAAUAUCAGGACAAUCGGUUUUACCUGCUUAUUCUGAACAGCAGGGCACCUUAAAAUCAUCUUUUAAUAAUAAUGGAAACAUAUCUGGAUCGAUAUCUUAUCGAGAACACUCUGAUGCUCCUGGUACACCAAGAAAACUCGAAACUCUUGCAUAUUCUAAAACUUUGUUGGAUAAAUCAGUCAUUUCUUCAAAACAUGGCAGGAUAGGAAAUUCAAAAAGACCAGUGGAAUUUAAAGGUUCAAGUGAAAUCAUUGAAGGUGUAGGAGAAAUCGAUGGCGUGAAUCGUGAUGGAGAUGUCGGACUCGAUGGUCCUAAUGGACCAUGGCCAACUGGUUCACCAGGUCCUAAUGGGCCGUGGCCUGGUGAUCCAGAUUACUUGUCUGGAAUAGAACCAACAAGAAAACAUCCGCAAAUAGAAUCGAUAAAGCAACAUUCCAAGACCUUUCCACUUGACACUGAUAAUUACAAGUCUGUCACACAAUAUUAUUUCAAGAAUAAGACUGAGCCGUUAUACAAAAACUACGAAAACAUCAAAUUGAAUUUUUCACACUCAACAAACGCAAGCGUACCGCUAUAUACAAAACAAACUAAACCUCAAUACAAAAUCGAAUCUACAUCGUCAAUUUAUGAAAAAGAGGAUACAUAUGAUGCAGAUGAAAUUAACUCGCUGUUGCAAAGAGGCUCGACAUCACCGUUAUUGAAAAAUAAUGUUAAAAGUCAUAAAAAUCCGAACUUCGUUAAACAACUUCCACAGACUUAUAAUCACGUAUCUCGCAUCGAGUCGCACCGAACAGAAACGCCUCCCGAACAAGACUCGGAACAAUUGUCUGUUUAUGAUCGGAGCCAAUAUCAGAAGUCAGUUUUUUAUCCUACUCAUAAGUCACAAUUUUCCAAAGACCGAUACAAUAAAUUAGGUCGACAAGAGAGCUCGUUUAAUACACGUGGGCAAUACAAUAAUUCCGGUACGGAUAGCAAAUCAGUUUCAUCAUUUCAGUCGGACGGAUCUUCUACUGGUAUGGAAAAACAGGUAAAUUCAGGCCUUGAACAGUCAUUUCAGGCGAAUCCCGGCCUCGACGCUAUUGGGAUUCAUCCGCCUGAUUUCAUUAACGUCAAGCCCUUCCCGUUACCUAUAGGGCCAGACCCUCAAGCAUGCCCCUGUUACUUAGUUGGACCGAAUAACAAUACAAAUGUAGCAACCAGACCCACUUCCACUUCCGUCAUUGGUCAGAUUGGAUUCAUUCCCGUCAUCUUUGUACCUUACUGUCCCGGAGAUGAGACGGACAGAAAGAUGAAAGCCAUAUUCCCAUCCGCCGCUCCCGUUCCAUAUGCAUGCGAUGCAUGCGGCGCGCAAGACAGCGCACUUGGAAUAAAACCGCUCGAUAUAAGCCAACUUGGCAAUAUCAAUUACUUGAAAGAGCUGUUAAAUCAGGCCAAUCUUGGCUUUUUGAAUGUUCCAGUCAAGACCAGCGCUAACAGAAGGAGGAGUGGGACUAAAGACAGUGUAAGGAAUGCUUGAGAUUUAUCGGUCUUAUAAGUUUCGAUCAUUCUGAGAAGAAAAGUAUUAUCUUCUUCCCUCCCGUGAGGAUAGUUAUCGAUAAAUAUAGAAUUGCCUUGGUGUUGUCUGUCUAUCAGCUACGGAAUUAACUGAUAGAUAGCCAAUUAAAGACAUUUGUGAGAAUAAUCAGAGUCAGCGCGGAAUAAUUGAGAGAUUAUACGUAUUAAAAUUUUCUCAUUUAUUUUUUGAUCAUGUAAGCGAUGAAAAACAUUAAUAUUUAACUUCGCUUUAAAUUACAUGUGUAUUCUCUUUAAAAAAUAAUGAGUUUUUUCCUCAUUUUUAUACAAUAUUAAUAAAGGCUGUAAAAUUUUUAUAUCAGCUCGCUGAUUAUGAUUAUUCAUGCUUUAAUUUAAAAAAAAAAAAAAAAAAGAAAAUUACAAGCGAAUCAGAAUUGUUUGUUUCUCCAGUCAACUAUUUGUGCAUAAUUGCACGUAUUUCUUAAGAUUGGCCUUUCAAUCUGAUGUUCUUUUAAAAAGAAGAGAGAUCGAGAUUUUUUCCCCUCUUCUCUGAUGAAUAACUGCGACAUCUAAAGAAGUAGACGUUUAAUAAUUCUGAUUCGCGAGCUUUUCCUAUAAGCAAUUAACGUCAGUAUUUGUAUCACAGUAUAAUGAUAACAGCGUUGAAUCAAAUUUUUCACAUCCUUAUAUUAAACAUCAACGUAUAUAACUAUUUUUGCUUAUCUCAAAUCACAAGUUACGUGUAACAUAUAGAACUUUAGGUUUUAUCCAAUUAUCUGUGUGGUGAGAGAGAGAGAGAGAGAAAGAGAGAGAGAGAGAGAGAGUGAGAAUGUUGAGGUCUCGUUAUACAUAUGUAUAAGUAAGACAUUACGAUUGUAUGUGUAACUACAGCCACAAACAACUAAACCUUAUAAUUUUCUUGGAGAUCGAGAAUGUUGGGGAAAAAAAAAAACGAUAUUACGCAAUAGUCAAAAGGGUCAUGAAACUGCUGUUAAAGUUUCGAGAUGUGUUACGUAUACGAUUCCGUAAGAAACCCGAAGUACUUUUUAUUUAGACGAAAACGAGCAAUCGUAAAAGUUAUUCUGCGCAAGAGCGAACUAAGUGUAAUUGUGUAAAAAUAAAGAAA